AAUCAGAGAUCGCGUUGUUGAACCGUCGUCCCACAGUAGCGAUGGUGGGGAUGAGUGUUCUCAGGUCUGCUGCUGCUUUUGCAGCCAGACUGAGUCCUCUGAAAUCUGGAAAUAAUGCGGCAAAUUUACUCACCCGAACAAUCCCACGUACAGAUAAAGUGGCCGUUCGCUGGGGUCAUGGCAAGAAAUUGUUUGUCAUCAAACCCUCUGACUACUAUGACAGGAGAUUUCUGCACUUAUUGCGAUAUUACAUCCUGCUGACGGGCAUUCCUGUGGCUAUCAUUGUCACAAGUAUAAAUAUCUUCAUUGGUGAGGCAGAACUGGUUGAAACCCCAGAGGGCUAUGAACCAGAGUACUGGGAGUACUACAAGCAUCCCAUCACCAGGUGGAUUGCGCGGAACAUAUGCAAUUCCCCAGUGAAGGACUAUGAAAAGAUGAUGGCUGCAAUCCAAAUAGAAAAAGAAAAGGCAGACUGGAGACUGAUGGAGCUGGAGGUGCGUCGGCAGAUGAGGCAGAAGGGAGACGGCCCCUGGUUCCAGGUGAGCACCCUCAACAAGGAGCUCAUUGACAACAGUCCCAAGGCAACACCUGACAAUUAAUCCAGACAUUUCCGCCGUCAGUCCAUCACGCCGAUCAGUCUCACUGUUUGUACAUUUUUCCCUUCCUGCGUAAAUAAAAUAUCUAUAUGUACUCUG